AUAAUUAUAAUGAAAAAUCUAUUGAAGAGAAGAAAACAUUACCUUUACCUCCUGAUGAUGAUAAUUUACAUUAUAUGCAAACUGAAAUUUUGUUUGAACAUUUGGUCAAUCACUUAUCACCAAAAACACAUACUUGCCAUAAUGAAGUUAUGAAUCAUACCAAGUUAUGUUUUCUUGAUAAAAAAAUUGAUUAUCCAAAAUCAUUUGUUGCAAGGCAUUCCAUGGCUUUUUUACAUAAUAAUCUUGGUGAACUUGAGACUUGGACCCAAAUGCACAAUUCAUUAGGUGAAAUUGGAGAAAUAUGUGAACAAUAUGAUGUUAAAAGAGAAGAAAAUGUAAAUAACAUAAAUGAGAGAAAUUCAAAAAAACAUGAUCAAUUGAAUCAGUUGAAAUAUGAUAUAACUGGAUUCAAUUUUGAUCAAGAUUUAAUUCCAUAUGGACUUAGAGUACAAGAAAAAUUAAACAACAAUGAUGCAAAUGGCUUAUGUAAAGUUUGUUAUUUCUAUUUCUCACAACAACAAUAUGAUGGAGUUUUAAAUAAAAAUUUCAUUAUUACCAAAUUUCCUACAAAAUCAUCAAUUUCUCCAUCUGUUUUAGCUCUCCAAAUAAUUUAUGGUGGAAAAAAAUUAUGUUACUCAAUUGGAUCUUUACUUACAAAUGAUAUUACAAUAAUACUUAAUCCUUUAAAGGCAUUGAUUGAAGAUCAAGUGAUUGAGUUAGUUUGUUCUGGAAUUCCAUCUGUGGGACUAUAUGCAGCUUCAGAUAAACCCCCAUCAUAUCAAGAGCAAGUAUUUAGUGAAAUUGCAUCAAAAUUGGUGCAAAUCAUUUACUUGACUCCAGAAAAAUUUGUAGCAAAUAAAAGUUUCCAAAAUAUGUUAAAAAGGAUAUCAGUGACUUCAAGAGUUCAAUUUGUCAUUGAUGAAUCUCAUUGUGUAUUGGAACACCAAUAUUUUCGUAAUGCUUGGAAUGGUAUUGCAGAGAUACUCAAAAGAGAUUUUCCUAAUUCUUCAAUAAUGAUGGUUAGUGCAACAAUUUCAGAAAAAAAUGCUCAUACAUUGUGUGAAAAAAUGAAAAUAGAAUGGAAUAAUCUUACA